AUGUUCCAGCACAGCAGCAACAAGAAGUGCUUCACCAUCGAGUCUCUGGUGGGGAAAGAAGCGCUGAGCCACGGCGCAGGAGACGAGCCCAUCCGGCCCACGGCGCUGCGCUUCCCGGAGUCCCUGCACCCCGCGGUGUUCGGCUCCGGCUUCCAGGGCAGCGCCAGGCAGACUCUGUACUCCUCCGCGGGGCACGACAUGGUGCUCCAGGAGCCCGGGACACACGCGCAGAGCCCCGGGGGAGGACUGCCGCUUCACCCGCUGCAGAUCCCUCCGCAGAGCUUCUUCAGCGCGCAGCACCGAGACGCGCUCAGCUUCUACCCGUGGGUGCUGCGGGGGAGAUACCUGGGACACCGGUUCACAGGUGACGACAGCAGUCCAGAAAACCUUCUUCUUCACGGUCCGUUCUCCAGGAAACCCAAACGGAUCAGAACGGCGUUCUCUCCUUCUCAGCUGCUCAGACUAGAACGAGCCUUCGAGAAGAAUCACUACGUGGUGGGAGCCGAGAGGAAGCAGCUUGCUAGUGGGCUUUGUCUGACGGAGACGCAGGUGAAAGUGUGGUUUCAGAAUCGCCGGACGAAGCACAAACGUCAGAAAUUGGAGGAGGAGUCUCCAGAAGCUCAGCAAAAGAGGAAGGGGAGCCAGCAUGUGAACCGCUGGAGAGCCGCCACACAGCAGCCGGGCGGCGAGGACGUGGACGUCAUCAGCGACGACUAG